AUGGCUGCUCUACACACUCAUGGCGCAGCUGGCCCCUCCGGUGUGGAUGCAUAUGCAUGGAGAAGACUCUGCUUGUCAUUCAAGUCUGCCUCGAACAGUCUGUGCAUCGCACUGGCUGAUAUUGGUCGUCGCAUUGCUACUACAAAUGUCAAUCCAGAAGGACUGAGUGCAUUUGUCACAUGCCGUUUAAUCCCGCUUGACAAGUACCCAGGCGUAAGACCAACUGGAGUCGGCGAGGUUCCACGAAGAAUUAUUGCGAAAGCCAUUCUAAGAGUCAUUGGCAGUGAUGUAGUAGACGCAGCUGGUCCAUUUCAACUCUGUGCAGGUCAAGAUGGAAGUUGUGAAGCAGCG